GUGUCCACCAUUGUUCUUUCUGGGAAAUCAGGAACUGGAAAAACAUGGAUGGCAAGAAAAGUUGGUCUCCUCGCAGUCACAAAUGAAAGAGUUGACAUUAUGCUUUGGAUUUCAUUGAGUGUUAGGCAUGAUGAGAUGUCUCUCUAUGAGCAUAUUGCUCAUCAGUUGUCUCUACUUUCGACUUCUGCGGAGCUGGAAAUUGAUGAUAUCGAGCAGGUACAGAAUGACAAUGGUAAGGAGGAAACCUUGGAUGACUUGAAAGGAAAGGUGCAGAAAAAACUGUCAGCUAGUAAUGUUCUUCGAGGGAUACUUGUAAUUUUGGAUGAUGAAGGAAACAAAAUGAAAGAAGGGGAUCGAGACUUAGAAGAAGUCCUUCAGUUUAUCCGGCAGAAUACCUGCCAGCCGUCAAUAGAAGUUGCUGAUAGAGAUGGACAGCAAAAACUUAAGGUGCUAAUAACUUCUAGGAAUGAAGAUAUGAGGCACCAAACUCUGGGGGAUAAGAAAGUUAUUGGGAUGAUGCGUCCAACUCCAGAAAUGUCAAUUUCUUUGUUAAAGCAAGGAGCUGUGGCAAAAGUUUUUGAAAUUUCAGGUGUUGAAAUUUUAGUUAAAAACUUCAUCGAUAAAAAAGAAGGUCUUACACCUGGAGAAGUAGCCUUGCUUGCAAACCUACUAAGUUACCAUCAACAAGAUUCCAAAGUGCAGGAUCUGCAACAGGCUUUGGAAGAAGCGUGGGGUGGUGAUGACUACAAUUACACCCUGUUGCUCUCAAGUGGAUAUGAAAGGGUGUCAGAUCAUAUUUUAGUUGACUUUUCUUGGCAGGGCAGCCAUUUCUUCCGUGACCAUGGAUCUGUUCACUACUGUGAGCUGAUAUCAUACUGGAUACUAGAAGGAUAUCUUAGUCCUUUUAACAGUCUUGAGGAGGCUUAUGAGGAGGGGCACCGCGUUUUGAUGCAGCUUAUGUACUGUCAAAUGCUGAAAGAAGUAAGUGAUGAUUUCCUCCAAAUGGUCAGCGGAACUGUACUUAUUAACUACCAUCGUCAGGGAUAUGGUGGAAUCGCUAAUCUGGGGUUGGCUAAUGUUCUUGUGAAUGGUAAUGAUUGGCAUGGUAUUGGAAAAGUCACUUUGAUGGAUGGUGUGAUCAGAACACUUGUCAAUCAUAAAAAAGUGCAGCCAUUAAAAGUACUUUUACUUGAUGGGAGUGCUCUCAGCGGGCAAGAUCUGAAUAGUCUCCUACUGAACAAUCAGGAGCUGCAAAUUCUGGGUCUUUUCAGCCUCAGAAUUACAUCAUUGCCUCGUUGCUUCUGCGACUUGAAAAAACUGAACGUUCUUGUGCUCAGGGACUGUGAUUUCUUAGAAAAGAUUGAUGAAAUUGCAGAGCUAAUGACAUUAACUGUCCUUGAAGUAUCUGGUUCUUGCUUGAUAGAUAGUAUACCAGAUAACUUUUUUCAGCAAAUGACCCAACUUCGUUCCCUCCACUUCUCUGACCUUCAGAUUAAAGUCUUGCCUAAAUCUUUUUAUGACCUUUCAGAACUCCGCUGGCUUAUUCUAAAGGGCUUGUCUCAUUUGACAGAGUUGAAGAGUCUGAAGAAGUGUCAAAAACUUAUGGUUGUUGAUCUUUCUGGUGCUGCCUCCUUGCCAACUUUUCCAGAAAAGAACUUGAAAUCAUUGCCGAAACUUCAAACGUUAAAUCUUUCAAACACCAAGAUCAAAUCUUUGCCUAUUCUUCAUGAAACCAAGGAGCUUACUCAUCUAUCAGUUAGUGGUUGUAGCAACAUGGAUAGACUGCCCAGCAUUCGGUCUCUAACUAAUCUGCAAGUUCUUGAUAUUUCAUGGUCAGCGAUAAUGGAUUUCCAGGACAAGUCAUUCGAAAUUAAUAGCAGUCUGAAGGUCCUUGACUUAUCUGGAACUGCGAUUCCUUGGGUACCUUUUAACAUCAGCAAACCUUGUGAGUUUUAUUUGAGUUGCUGUUCUGAGAUAAAAUACAUGAACUGUGUUGAAUCUCCCAAAGAGCUAGAGAUACUUGACUUUUCAGGUGCCUGUAAUCUUGUCAAAAUCGAAGCAAAGUUCUUUGAUUGUUUAGAAAAACUUCGAGUUCUCAACCUGUCAAAAACAAAAGUCAAAGAUCUGCCAUGCCUUUCUGCUCUCAAAAACCUCCAUCAGCUGUUACUUUCAGGUUGUCUGAAUCUGGAGAAGUUGCCGAGCUUGGCUUCGAGAAAGCUGGAAGAGCUUGAUCUAUCGAACUGCCAAGCUUUGACCAUGAUAGAAGAUGUAUCUUUUCAGCAUCUACCUCGCCUUCGGCGACUUAUCCUCUCCAAUGCUAAGAUUGAACACUUACCAGACCUCAACUCCCUGUCAAAUCUUGAGGAGCUAAAUUUGUGUGGUGUUAUAUCAAUUGAAAGAGUUGAUUUCAUUGAGCAUAUGAGUAAACUUCAGUAUCUAAACCUCUCUGAGACCUUACUUGAACAGCUACCCAGCUUAUCAAAUCUCAAAGGCCUUAAGCAUCUGUUUUUAAGGGCCUGUCAACAACUGGAGGCUCUUCCACCCUUAGAAGUACAUCACAACCUUGUGACUCUUGAUCUUUCACAAACAGCAAUAACACAAUUGCCAUUCUUAGGAAAUUUGAGCAACCUGCGCACUCUUUUGCUUAAUGACUGUUCAAGCUUGGAAGACUUUGAAAACCUCGAGAUGCUUCACAUAUCUCGAGUAGAAAAUCUCCCUUGUGGAAUCUCAAAUUUGACUCAGCUGCAGUGUCUUGCUUUGCCCAGUAAAAAGAAAAAUAUUCAAGCUGCUGAUAGCAACAAGGUUACUGGCUGGCACCAAAAGCCGAGUGAAUUACAUUGGUCAUUUUCGAUUGUUGAUGGAAUGGUAUCAAAUACUGGCAGAGCUUUAAUAUCGUAUAAUGAUUCACUAUUUGUUGAAUUCCUGGGCAGCAAUCCUUCUUUAUUGGAUACUACCUCAAAUCAUUUACUUAUCUCUGUUCAUCCUAUUGAGGUGCAAAAUGGAGCAGAAGACUUGGUUUUCCACAAAGAUGAAUUGAUUUUCAGAGAUAUUUAUCAGGUAUCUAGGCACUUCUCGAAAUCAUCAGGGCAGUUGAUGGAAAUUCAUCAUCAUAGCACUUUUCCCUGGGGUUCUGAGACUGUACUUCGUAAUGCUGAGUAUGUCUUCAUGUUUGAUAAUUUGUUUUGCAAAUUAUUAUCUGAUCUGGGAGCUGACAACAUCAGGAUGAUGAAAGGCCGUUGGAUUGAGGGAUGUGAAAAUUUGGAGUUUGUAAUCAAGACGAAUGACUUGGCAAAUGGUAGUGACCUGGGGAUAGCACUUGAGAUUUUGUGGAUCUCGAGUGCUCCGAGUUUAAGCAGCAUAUGCAGUGGAGACCUACAGUUUGGGAGCUUUCAGAAUCUGAAGUGCUUGUAUCUAGAUUGUUGCCCAAAGUUGUCGACGGUUUGCAUUUCAGCCCACUUCCUGCAAAAGCUUGAAAUUCUGCAUGUCCAAUUUUGUGAGAAUUUGGAGACUCUGUUUAACAAUGAUGUAGAAGGGCACAAACUACCGAACUUGCGAAGAUUGUGCUUGUGGGAACUACCAGAACUGAAAAGCAUUGGGUGCAUUAUGCCGUCUCUACAACUUUUGGAAGUUGGCGAGUGUCCGGUGCUUGGAUACAUACUAUCUGGAGGUCACCAUGUUAAUUCCUCAAGCCACAUGCUAGAAAAUCUGGAGGUCCUGAAGGUCAGAUUCUGUGACAACUUGGAAACUUUGUUUGUGGGCAUCACAUCAGAUAAUUGUUUAUUCCCAAGCUUACAUACAGUUCAGCUGUGGGAUUUACCAAAGCUGGUCAGCAUUGGCACUAAUUUGCCACCUCUGCAGAAAUCCAUUAUCAGGGAUUGCCCUAAACUAGCUAUUCCUAUGUCAUGAUUGACCAACUGUUGAACAACAUCUCAGGAUUUAUACGGCAGAAUUCCCUAAGAAGCGCUAAAGGGAAGAUGUUUACUGCAGUAUGAAUGCUUGAGGGCUGUAUUCUUAACUGUUAUUGGUUAGCUUAGAACAAGUUGUGUAUAUACAUCUUGAAAGACACUGUCCUUUUCCACACACACGGGCCAUUUUUGUUGUUAUCUUUCUUGGCACUUGCUUUGUUCAUGGCACCUAAUCAGAUAUUUUCUCGAAUUCAUAAUUGAAAUGACGUGAUUUUUCUUG